GUCGAGAUUAUAGCAGGCUAAGGGAACACUGUUAGCCUAUAGCUAUAUGAUAUUAUGUUAGGUGUGUCACAAAUGACCAAUGGCGAUUCAGGGGCUAAACACAACUCCCACGUGCGCACGAGAGGUCGGAUCUGUAUUUAUAGGACAUGGUGAUAUCAUUAUUUGAAUGACAUGCGUACCAUCCCGACUCCACUUCCGCUAGUCCAGUUCCGGUUUUCCGAAAGCACUCAUCCCUGUCUUCGUCUCUAACCCUGCCGGCCAUUUCCGGUAUCCCCAUGAUGCAAACUUCAUCUAACGGGUAUUUCUUCCUCGAAAUCCCUCACGUAAUUCUCCUUGCCACCUACAGUAUUUGGAUUUUUACCUACGACAGUAUGCUAUCAAUAAUGAAGGGAAAACGGAAGUCACAAAAACAAAACCGGAAGUUGAUCAUGCUUGCAGUCUCUACAUUGUUUGUAAUGUAUAUGAUGUCGAAAUAUACACUGACACCAAGAUUCACUUUCACAAAUGAAAACGUGUAUGGAAAGUGCAUAAUACCAAAUCUUAAUCCUUUUGACGAAUCUAUCAAGAAAUUUGAAUGGCACCCGAAUAAGAUUAAAUGUGAAAGUAGUCCGACAUUUGUAUUUGUGGAUGACGAUGGAUUUCUCCAGUAUAAUGAAUCAGCCGUCCAUCAGGGGAAUUUGGCGAAAGUCACUUGUGUAUAUAGCGUCGUUAGUAGACAGAAGGGUAACGACGACUACGUGGACUUUGGACCGGAAGUAGUACUCAAAGAACCAACAAGGGUCAUCGGGGAUUAUUUCCGGGUUAAAUGUAAAGAUUCUAGUUCUAGAAACGUUUACGAUGUCAUGCAUUACCAAAUUGAUUCAAAGACUGUGCAAGACAGUAGAAACAUACAACGCGAAACCGAUGAAAAGUUCAGCAUUUUAAUUCUUGGUGUUGAUGCUGUUUCGAGGUUGGCAGCUAUAAGGAAGCUGCCGAAAACAUUCGCCUACCUCCGUGAUGAAAUGGGUGCAUUCGAGUUCAAAGGUCAUAUGAAGGUAGCUGACAACACAUUUCCAAAUGUCGUACCGAUGCUAACUGGGAAAAAGGCGUACUCGAACGAGCUUCCUUCUGAUGACGUCAGCUCGGUGAAAUUUGACCGUUACCCAUUCGUGUGGUAUCCCCUGGCCAAAGCUGGGUACGCUACGCUUUUCUCAGAAGACUAUGCAGACAUCAAUAUGUUUAACCUUGGCAAGGCAGGCUUUAACACCCAACCAACUGACCAUUAUAUGCGGCCCUACUGGCGGGGAAUAAAGAAAAUGGACCUACUGGGCACUAUCAUCAACUCCGCUUUAAUGGGGUUCGAAGAUCAGAAAUUAAGUCUGAAAAAGACUUCAACACUGUGCUACGGAAAUACACCAAAACACGUCUUGUCUUUGAAUCACAAUAAAGAAUUCAUCAAACGUUAUAGUCAAAAGUUGCGGUUCAGUUUCACGUGGCUUAACGAGAUAAGUCACGAUUAUGUUAAUUUCCUAGAAUUAGGGGAUGACGAUUUUAAAAACUUCUUUCAGUGGAUCAAUGAGAAUGGACAUUUCGAUAAUUCAUUUGUGAUAUUUCUAAGUGAUCACGGAUCUCGAAUAGAUUCCAUUCGGAACACUUACAUCGGUCGUAUAGAAGAGAGAAUGCCAUUACUACAAAUCGCAGUCCCGCGUAAACUUCGGGAAAAAUAUCCAUCACUAGUAGAAAAUAUGCAAGAUAACACGCAACGUUUAACCACACAUUUUGACUUCCAUGAAACAUUACUUGAUAUCAUGAAUUCCAAUUUCGGUUCUAAUUAUGUGGCACCGGAAUCAGCAAGGGGUAUAAGCCUCUUUUCACCAAUUCCAGAAUCCCGGUCCUGCGCACAGGCUGGAGUUCCAGAACACUACUGCGCAUGCUAUGGAUCUGAAGAAAUACCCGUUGCAUUGCCAAUAGUGAACAAAAUAGCUUUAUUUGUAGUUGAUGAAAUCAACACCCUUUUGAGCGUACAUAGUGAUUUAUGUGAAAAAUUAGCAUUAAAAGAAAUUAAACACGCCGAAAGGAUCGAACUAGGCCUGAAAGCGAAUGGCGAUGUUGAGUUUUUCUCGUUUCGGCAGUUUUUUGAGGAGCCUGAGAAACGAAAGGAUGAGAGAUACUUAGUUCUAAUAGAAACCUUUCCUGGAAACGCUCUUCUGGAAGCAACAGUUCUUGUUCGAAAUCACAAACGAUUUCAGUUACUAGGACAAGUGAGUAGAACAAAUAAAUACGGUAAACAGUCGCAUUGUGUGAAGGAAGAUUCUCUUAGGCUGUACUGUCUCUGUAAACAGGCCGCAACAUGAGCUAGUAUGAGCCUCGAUAUGAGCUAGUAUGAACCUCGAUAUGAGCUAGUAGGAGCCUCGAUAUUAGCUAGUAGGAACCUCGAUAUGAGCUAGUAGGAACCUCGAUAUGAGCUAGUAGGAGCCUCGAUAGGAGCUAGUAGGAGCCUCGAUAGGAGCUAGUAGGAGCCUCGAUAGGAGCUAGUAGGAGCCUCGAUAGGAGCUUGUAGCAGUGUUCUGUGGCGGUCUGACACGAUUUGUAGAACCUAAUCUUCCUUGGCGGAUUUAGCUGAUCCUUCUAGAUGAGGAAAUCUCACAGACUGCAGACUAUAUAGAUUGGAGUAUUUAAUGCUUUAGAAUGUGUAUAAUAAUCGAGAUUUGUUAAACAUGGAAAUCUUUCUUCGACGGAGUCACAUCCUAACGAUUUUCAUAUAUAUAGUUAGAUUAUAUAUUUUCUACAUUCUAGCUGAAAGAUUUUUUGCUGAACACAUGAGAAGAAAUCUCAACAGUUUAACUCGAGCAUUGUCCUCACUCACAAGCCCAUGUGAGUAUUUGAAGCAUUGUAAUGCUUUAGACUGUAAUAAUCUUGAUUCGAUGCAAUAAUAUUCAUUUCUUUCAUGCGUCGAAUAUUCAAUUAUCAUUGCAUUCUUCUACCGGAAGUUAAAUAUUGUUAACCGGAAGUUUGAUCAUUAUUGCAAUUUUCUACCCAAAGUCGAAUCCUCGUUUCACUGUUCUGCCGGAAGUUGAAUAAUCAGUUUAUUGUUCCACAGGAAGUUGGAACUGGAAUUCGUUGAUGCAUAAUUUUAUUUUGUUUCCUAGGUACAAAGAGUAUCGAAGUUAAAUGUGAUUAGCUUAUUUUGUAUGAAUCGCACUGUAAUUAUUGUUAAUACAACGCCGACAUUC